GACAGUAUUUUUGACACUCAUAUUUUUUUGAAAAAAUAUAAGAAAAGUUUAUUUAGUAAAUUGCAUAUUUCGAAUUUAUUUGUCGGUGGCCAAGUCGUAGCCCCGUCGAUUUUUAAUACCCACCUAGAUUUAAGGACAGUUAUGUAUAAUGUAACGUUACAGUAGGAAACUUGUGUACACUUGUGUAAAUAAAGAAAUCUGCAAGACGAAAGUCUACCUGCAGGGCCCUUCAAAAUUUGCAAAAUACAAAUAUUCGAUAACUGUUUGUAAUCAGUAAUAACCCAAAUCCAGUGAGUCGUAAUUACAAGUAUUAAAUUUGUUGGAAACCGGUAUUCUAAUUUAAAUAUGACUCCGCGUUCUAGUCUUGUUUCCGCUUCUUGGUACUUCAAAUACUUGGGGAUACCGUUAACUGUUGGUGUGAUAAAUAUAAUGUUUAAUUUAUGUAGAAGUACCCAAAGACGGCUUAGAGCCGCUUUAGAAGGAAAGGUGGUAGUUAUAACUGGUGCAAGUUCAGGCAUUGGAGAGGCACUAGCUCAUGCUUUCUAUGAACAGGGAAGCAAGGUAGUUUUGGCUGCUCGCAGGGAGACUGAACUCAAUCGGGUCAAAAAUGAUCUCAUCUCCAAAAACUUAACCCUGCCAACAGAAGAGCCAGUGGUAAUACUACUGGAUCUUAGCGAUCUUGAGACCCUAGAAGGUUUUAUUCAAAAAGUUUAUGAUAUGUGUGGCCGUAUUGACAUACUAAUCAACAAUGGAGGCAUAUCUCACAGAGGCGCCAUACUGCAUACUAAAUUUGAAGUGGACAAGAAAAUUAUGUCUGUUAACUACUUUGGAGCUGUUGUGUUGACUAAAGCUGCUCUACCUAAGAUGGUGGAAAGAAGAAGUGGUCACAUAGUCUUUGUAAGCUCAGUACAAGGUCUCAUAGCAAUUCCUGAUCGUUCAGCAUAUGCAGCAUCAAAACACGCAAUGCAGGCUUUUGGGGAUUCCCUAAGAGCUGAGAUGAAACAGCACAAUAUUGAUGUGACUGUUAUGAGCCCUGGAUAUGUCAGGACUGCCGUGUCGCUUCACGCUUUAUCUGGCAGUGGGGAGCCUCAUGCAGUUAUGGACCCAAAUACUGCUGCUGGGUUCAGUCCAGAGUAUACAGCGCGUAAAAUGUUGGAAUCCAUUGUCAGGAAAGAUAAAGAAUUGGUCUUGAGCCAAUUUAUACCGAAAGUAACGAUUUUGCUCAGACAUUCGCUACCCUCGAUGUAUUUUUGGGUAAUGGCCAGGAGGGCCAACAAAACAUAAAGCAUCUGUAGUUUAUUUUUCAUACAGCUUAUUUUAUGAAUAUGUUACUUUUUGUUCAUUUGUUGUUUCUUUAUAUUUUCGUAAAGUAACAAAAAUAUAAAUGAAUUGCCAGUGCUAUAAAUAUUGGCAAUUUGUUUCUAGAUGGUGUGUUAAGGGGAUAUAAUAAAUCAAACUUAAUUCAUGUUAUAUUUCAUUUAUUGCGUGAUAACAGAGACAAGUGUUUUUUAUACUUUAAUGUUCCCUGUCACCAGUUGUGUAACAGAAUCUUUCAACAAAUUACUAUCACACUUGAUUAACUAAAAGCUUUCUUACAAUGUAAAGAAAAUAUCUUUUGUACAGGCUUGUCUAUCUAAUUAAAC